AUUAUUUAUAUAAUAAUAAGAAUUUUAUUUAAUAAUUUUAUUAAUUUAAAUAUUGAAAAUCAAAUAAUUGAAAUUAUUUGGACUAUUUCUCCUAUUUAUAUUUUAAUUUUAAUAUCUAUUCCUUCAUUAAAAAUUUUAUAUUUAUCAGACGAAAUAUAUUCUCCUAUUCUUUCAAUUAAAAGAAUUGGUCAUCAAUGAUACUGAAGGUAUGAAAUUCCUGAUUUUAAUAAUGUAAAUUUUGAAUCUUUUAUAUUAAGAGAUUUAAAUUCUUUAAAUUCAUUUCGAUUAUUAGAAGUUGAUAAUCGUUUAAUUUUACCUAUAAAUUUACAAAUUCGCAUAUUAAUUAGGUCUGAUGAUGUAAUUCAUUCAUUUACAGUUCCUUCAAUAGGAAUUAAAGUAGAUGGGAUACCAGGACGAAUUAAUCAAUUAAAUUUAUUUAUUAAUCGUCCAGGUUUAUUUUUUGGUCAAUGUUCAGAAAUUUGUGGAGCUAAUCAUAGAUUUAUACCUAUUGUAAUUGAAUCAACUAAUUUAAAAAUAUUUUUAAAUUGAAUUAAUUUAAUUUAAAAU